UGGCAAUAUUUUAAUUUGACGUUUGCAUAUUUGUUUUGACACUUCAUGCAAUUAAUUUCGAUUAGCCUUUUAAAAAGUAAUGAUUUUGAGGCUUGAACAACGCACCACCUGUACAUAACAUCACAAUUCAUGGCAAUUCGAAUAUAAAUAGAUGUACUUGUAAAUAAUUUAUCAUAACCUCAAAAACUCUUCCACUUAAGAGUACUGUAUUUAAAUCGUAAAUUAGGAGACAAUAAUGGCAGACGUACUAGUUAGGGACUGGAUGGAGGAAUUCGACUCUCUUACUGAAAGCGAAAUUCCGACAUACUCAACUGAACAAGAGCACAACCACGAGGUCAUGAUUGCACUUUAUGAUGUACUUUCUGAUCCUUCCAAAUAUAAAACAGACCAUAUUAUUGAUGGAAUCUGCAGACAACUGUUGGACUUUUACAGAUGUGGGGAACCACAAUUAAAGAAGUUUGCAAUGCAAUACAUUCCUAGUCUUGUGUUUCUGCAUUUAACAGACCGCUCUUACUUAGCUGUACAAACACUGUUAGUUAGUUUAUACAAUUUAGAGGUCAUAGACUCCAAAGGUCAACCAAGGACCCUCUCAUUCAGGAUACCCUCAAUAGCUCAAUCAUCAAUUUUUCAUGACUCAAACAGUUUAGAGCCAGCAUUCAUAGCUGAGAGCUCACUGAGAAGGUGGGAGGAGUGCAACAGUAAACUAGUGAGUUGGGGACCUUUGCCCCAGGUUGAAUGUCUGAAUGCCCAGAACAGACAGAGGGUGAUCACUGCUCUUGUCUUUCUCUACAAUCAACAGCUGGCUAAUGUUAUCAAUCAGGGUAUUGAGCACACUUGUAAAGGAAUUUCAAGAUUAGUAACACAAGGCUUUAGGUAUUCUGACAGCGCGAGAUCUUCGGUGGCGAGUGACUCUAGCAUCCAACAAAGUAUUCAACCUAGAAUUCCCGUUUCCAACAGUCUCUUAAUUGAACUGUUGCAUAUUGUAUACCAUUCGGCCGAGCGAGGGGCCGGCGGUGCGGUUCAAGCUUUGCACGAUAUCACACAAAGGGCCAAAUAUGAAACUUACGCUGACGUUUUGUUGGCGGCGAACGCUAUUCAGAGUUUAUUACUGCACUCGACUUCGUUCUCGGUCACGCCGAGACCGCACACUCACAGUGUCAGCAAAUCGAUGAUCACGAACGCAUCGUUCAGGACCAAAAAGUUACCAGAUGACAUUCCCAUCCAGGACGAGCAGCAGGCCGACGCCCCGCUGGAUUCGAUCACGGAGGAGCACGAAGAAACGAACACGGGUCCCGCCGAGAAAAAACAGCAACGCGGAAGCGUCAGCGCACUAAAACAUUUGCCAAAGUUGCCGGGCUUGAGCAAGAAGCACAAGCCUCAGAAGAACAUCGACCAGCAGCAGUUGGAGAUGCUGAUGGCUGGUGGCGAUCAAUCGGACACGCCGACUCAGGACGCGAACCACACUGUUCACGUUUAUACAAGGUUUUUACAAUGGUUAUAUUAGUGCUGAUGCAAAAUGAAUAAGAAAAAUGAUGAUUUGAAACUUGGUAAAGUGUUACAACAGCAGAAACAAUCGAUUUUACAAGAACUUUUAUUUUAAUUAUUGUUAAGAGUCAAAACAAUUCAAAUGUGGAAAUAAAAUAUAAUAAUAGGCCGAUUUUUCUCAGAUUAUUAAUUUUAUUUCCUAAUAUGAAUAAUUACUACUAGUGCUUUUAUCAAUAAUUAUUUGUUUUCAUUAUGAAUCUUUUUUUAACUAACUGCCACAUUUGUAUGAUAUAAAUGUUCCUCUGGUUUAUUUUUGUGCUUUUAUUUAAUCUGUACAGAUUGUGAAAACCUGCUCACUUUGUUAAUAUUUGAACCACUUGUAUAUAAUAUUUAAUAUUUAUUUUGUUAUAGUUGUAUAUAAAAAUCUGUUUGUAAAUUAUUUUAAUUGAAUUUAUUAACAAAGUGACUGGUUUUAAACAAGCAAUACAAUUUCUGCAUGUAUAAAUAAUCAAUUAAUAUACAUAUAAAUAACGUAAUACUUUUGUGAUAAAAAUGUAAAUUGUCCUAAUGUAUAUUUAUGUUUAAGUUUUAAAAAUGCCUUUACAAGUUGAGUUAAGUACUUAUAGUCAAUUAAUAUUAGUAAUUACCCCAAAAGGCCUCGAUUUUUCUAAUAAAUUCAAAUAAUAUUGUUCUCAGGUUACUAGCAUUUCAAUUUUAUUUGAAUACUAGGAAUUUAUUAAAUUGUAAUUUUUCAGUAUUAGAAUUAUUUUUGUUCUGUUUAUUUUUUUUUUAAUUAAUAGAAUUUCAAUAUUCUAAAUCAAAUACUUGCAAUUCCUGUUUUUUUAAUUAAUUGUGUAAUGUAAAAAUAGAUGUGAUAAGUUAAUGGCAAUAAUAUUUGGGGAUAUGAAAUUUGCGUUCGAUUUAAAUAGCUUUAUUAAAACUGUACAGACCAUACUGUAUCAUUAAUUCAGGUUGUAGUUUCAGUCAUACAUUACCUAAUAACUAAUAUAUUGUAAUAAAAAACCAAAACAAUAAAUAUUAAACAUGCUCUAGUUGUAAAUUGAAUAUUUUUAAAUGUGUGUAUUCAUUAUUGAAAAACAUAUUAUAUACAUAUAAAGGAUAUAUUAUAUAUAUUGUAAUUUUACCAAUGUGAAUAAUCUACUUUUAGAUGUUGUAUUGUUAAGAAUUGUCGGUGUUAGCCAAAAUAACUAUGGGCGAGAUCUGUUGUAUCGUUGAAUAAAACACCCCUUAAACGAG